AGUCCCUCUACUCAUUCACAAUCAGAAUCCCUUUCGUCAUCCUUCAUCCCCUUCAUCAUCCUAUCAGUCCGGCCUCGACAGACUACCUCUGAAAUGCUCGUCGCCGUGACGCUCACACCUUUGCCACCCUUAAAUCGACAUAUUUCGCCAUGGAUGUCCUGUCCCCAACUGCUCCCAAUGGGACUCCCGACUCUGACGUUUUAGAAUCAACCGAACCUCUCGCCGUCCUUGAACAUAUUGCCAGCCUCAUAGAAACCACACUUGGUGCCGCUAGAAGAGAACUAGAAGCCGUCGGCAGCCUGUUGUCCAAAUCUAGUCACGCAGAGUCCCUCAACAAGUGUGCUCAGUUCGCCAUUGACCCUCAAAUCACGACCCUUUAUGCCCAACAGGACACAAGAGAAGAAUUGAUUAAUGGCCAUGAUGACACACCCAAAAUUAAUUAUGUCUAUACCCUCUCAUCCGAACUCGCCCCUCUUGAUACCACAGUGGCUUCCCUGGCUUUCCUAAAGCUGUCCGGACCAUUGGAUGCCAAAGAACCGAUCGCAAGCCAAAUUCAAGUCAUCCAUCUCCCCAGAUCUCGAGGCAUCCAAAGUGAGGGUCAAUCCGAUCGUCACACUGCGUCGCCAUACGAUGUCGUCUAUUCCCUCCUCCACAACGUCGUCGGCCCCUACUUUGAAGCCUAUACCAAGUCACAAAGCACGACUAAUCGCAACUGGUACGAUGCUCAGGCAAAGGGAGGGGUAUCAGGGGCCAAGAGACGUAUGGCAGAGUUGGAGUUGAGCCUCUUGCAUCUGAGACAAAACACCGAUAUCCCUUUGGUUCGACUUGACAACCAUGAGGUCGUUCGAGCAGCAUUACAAAAGGCAGCAGCACAAGGUGUCCCACCCUCAAUUCAGCUCAUAGACAACCGCACUCUUGAAGAUACGGCAGUGCUGAACGAGAUUCAAAAGAACCAUGUGAACAAAUGGAUCAUUAGCAUCCAGGGCUUGACCAAAUUGGCCGAUCCAAAGCACGCCCCUCCUAUCAUCUCUGCCGCCCAAGAGAUCAAUUUCUGGCUUUCACUCGAAACCGCCCUCAACAGACUCACCGUUGAGCUAGGUUCCGACAACGUGCUCCUCACCAUCGACAUCUUGAAGAACGCAAACCGGCAACAGGCUGUUGUGAGUUUGGCAACCGACACUGGGGUCAAGGACGCAAUAGAAACCGUUCGAAACUUUAACAACUUGAUGCGAGACUUUCCCCUCGAUGACCUGUCUUCGGCCACUUCACUGGCCAAAGUGUCGGACGCCCUUGUUUCCAUCUUUGGACACCUCAACAAGAAAUGGAGGGUUUGCAAUUAUCCCAUCAAGAGGGCGCUGAAGCUGGUAGAGGGCAUCUCUUCCGAUAUGGACUUCCAGAUUCACCAACUUCUCAAGGGCCGCUCCAUAAUGUCUCUAGAAUGGCCAGAGUUCGAGCAAUUAAUGAGGUCCAUUGACGCCGUCUGGGAAGUUUGGGACGAGCAGAUCAAGAGCUUCACCACAGUCGCCCGGGACAUCACGAGACGAAAAAACACCGAUUUUGUUCCAGUCAAGGUCACCUCCAAACACGCUCAGACUCAAGAGCGCCUCAGCUACAUCAAAAGAUUCCGCACAGAGCAUGAACAAUUGAUGAGAACCAUCACAACUGUGCUAGGGUCAAGGUCCAAGGGCCCCGGAGUCGCCGCCUCCGAUGACGGUGGUGCAGCAAUCAUCGAAGAACUCGGAGGUGCUGAUGCUGCCGAGCAGGUAUCAAAAGCCUACGACAUCGUGCGACAUGUAGAUAUCCUGGAUGUUUCACCAGAAGGCACGGCUAUCUGGGUACAGGCCGAACAACAAUAUAGUGAACGAACUUCGCGGGUGGAGGAUUCCAUCAUUGCCCGCCUUCGUGACCGUCUGGGCAAGGCCAAGACUGCAAACGAGAUGUUCCGCGUAUUCGAGAAGUUCAAUGCCCUCCUGGUCAGACCCAAGGUUCGUGGUGCCAUCAAUGCUUACCAGACUCAACUUCUCGACAACGUCAAAAAUGCCAUCACUGCCUUGCAUGAACGCUUCAAACAGCAAUACGGCGGAUCUGAGGCACAGAUGAUGGCUCAGUUACGCGACAUCCCCCCAGUUGCCGGUGCCAUAUUGUGGGUCAGACAAAUUGAGGCACAGCUCGAGAAUUACAUGUCCAAAGUCCAGGCCGUUCUAGGAGAAGACUGGAUGAUGCAUUCUGAUGGACGAAUCUUGGACAGCGAGAGCAAACUGUUCCGCAAAAAGCUCACGACACGAGAUAUCUAUGAGACAUGGCUGCACGACGUCAAAGCCCGAGACAUCACUGUCACAGGACGCCUGUUUCUGAUCUCUCGAAGCCGAAAUCCCAAUAGUACACCAGAGCUUGUGGUGAAUUUUGAUCAACAUGCGAUCUCUCUAUUCAAAGAAGUCCGGAAUUUGACUUGGCUCAAUUUCCACAUUCCUCAUCGCAUCGCGACAACGGCCAAACAGGCCCAGCGGGUGUACCCAUAUGCCUUGAGCCUGAUGGAAAGUGUCGCCAGCUACCUAUCGGCUCUUCGAAGCGUGCAGGAAAUGCCCACAAUGGCCCCUUUGCUCGCUGGUUAUGGCAGGGAAGUCCAGAAGCUCUUCGAGACUGGCGUCCCGUUGCGUUGGGACACCUUCAUCCACACCUUUGAUUACAGAGAUGCAAAAUCGACAUCGAGCGAUUCGCGUCAUGUCCAGUAUGUGCGGGAUCUUGCUACAGCAGUCACAACACUGCAGGAAAAGACAGCAACAAUCCGAGACCUCAGUCAUGUCAUCCAACUAGCCUUGUCAGAAUUGAAAACAUGCCCUUACUCCGCCCAGAAUUUCCAAGGCCAGAUGGACAUCAUUCAGAAUGCAGUUGACAAGAUGGAUCUCGGAAAUUAUGCAAACCUGUCAACCUGGGUUGUACAGCUCAAUUUUCAGAUCCGCGAGAUCUUCAACGAACGUUUACAGCAAGCGUUGAAGCAUUGGACAUCCACAUUCAACUCCAUUGACGGUCUCGAUCUCUCCGCGCCUGCACUGGUGCACACCGAGGGCACUGUGUAUGAUUUGCGAUUUGCCCCUAUUGUAAUCGAGAUCAUGAUGAACAACCAAACGAUCUUCAUCGACCCACCCUUGGCUUUUGUCAAGGCUUCCUGGCUCCAACAACUCGAGGACUGGCUCAGUAUUUUGUGCCAUCUCCCCCAAAUUCGUGCUACUCGCUACCAGGUCACAGCAACAGCCGGGGUCACAAAUUCAUUGUUGACGUUUGUUGACCUUCCAUUAGCCAAUGUCGGGGUGUUGCAGGAUGCAUAUUCUGCAAUCGGCGCUCGAGUGUCGGAGAUGUCGACCUAUCUUGAGGAAUGGUACACCUACCAGAAUCUGUGGGAUCUGCGUAGUGAACACCUCCAGGAUACCCUUGGGGAUGAUCUUGCUCAAUGGCAUCAAUUGUUGCAGGAAGUCCGACACGCCCGUUCAACCUUUGAUACCUCUGAAGGGCGCAAGGUCAUGGGUUGUGUGACAUUCGACUAUGAGCAAGUCCAGGCCAAGAUCACCCAGAAAUACGAUCAGUGGCAAUACGAGGUGACCGGCAGAUUUGGUGUUAUUCUCGGAAACCGCAUGGUCGAGGUCUUCAAUGAAAUGAAGCGAGCACGCAUGGAGCUUGAAAAUCAAUCCUUGGAAACACAUUCCACUGCCCAAGCCGUUGCCUUCAUUACCAUCGUCCAACAGUGCAAGCGAAAUGCUUUGCUGUGGGGGCCAGAGGUGGAAAUCUUCCGACAAGGCCAGACAACUCUCACCAGACAGCGUUACAAUUUUGCAAGCGACUGGCUCUCUGCCAAUCAAGUUAGCGAUGAGUGGGACUCGUUUGAGGACAUCCUCGGCAGGAAGAGCAAGAUCGUCGAAGACCAAACCGAAGCCCUUCGUGCAAAUAUUACGGCCGAGGAUCGGAUCAUCAACAGCCGCAUCCAAGACGUUGUCGCUCAAUGGGCAGAACAGAAGCCAGUCUCAGGCACAAUCCCCCCUGCAGAGGCCGCCGAGCUGCUGAGAUCUUUCCAAAGCCGAAUGGAGAAACUUCAAAACGAGGCUGAAACAGUGUCCAAAGCCAAGGACGCUCUUUCUCUGCCCUUGUCACGCAAUGACGCCUUGCCCUCUGCCCUGGAGGAAGUUGGUGAUUUCAUGUCUGUUUGGUCUGCCCUGGCAACAAUCUGGCAGAGCAUCGAUGAACUUAAAGACACUCCGUGGGCCAGCCUCCAGCCUCGCAAGCUACGCCAAUCUCUUGAUGGCCUCGUCAAGAUGACCAAGGAGAUGCCUAGUCGAAUGAGACAAUAUGCUGCUUUUGAAUAUGUUCAGAACGAGCUCAAGCAAAAGAUCAAAGCCAACGCACUUCUGAGUGACCUGAAAUCCGAUGCGGUUCGGGAACGCCAUUGGAUCAAGAUCUACAAGGCUCUUAAACCUCACAAACGGUACUCGGAGACUUCGAUGACGCUUGGAGAUGUUUGGGGUCUUCAACUUGCAUCAAGUGAAUCAACAAUUCGGGACAUCAUAAUACAAGCACGUGGAGAACUUGCUCUGGAAGAGUUUGUCAGGCAAGUGCGUGAUACCUGGCAAAAUUAUUCAUUGGAUCUGGUCAAUUAUCAGAACAAAUGUCGACUCAUUCGAGGUUGGGAUGACUUGUUUACCAAGUGCAGCGAAAACCUCAAUUCUCUCCAGGCCAUGCGACAUUCCCCGUACUAUAAAGAGUUUGAAGAGGAAGCUUCGUCAUGGGAAGACAAGCUCAACCGCGUGCAUGUCUUGUUCGAUGUUUGGAUCGACGUCCAAAGACAGUGGGUCUACCUCGAAGGAGUCUUCACGGGUAACAAUGAUAUCAAACAUCUUCUGCCCACAGAGUCCAGCAGAUUUUCGAACAUCAAUACCGAGUUCUCGGCCGUCAUGAAGAAAGUCUACAAGUCUCCUUUUGUGAUGGACGUCCUCGGCAUUCCAGGGGUCCAGAAGUCUCUCGAGCGCCUUGCUGAGUUGCUGGGCAAGAUUCAAAAAGCGCUGGGCGAGUAUCUUGAGCGAGAACGUGUUUCAUUCCCUCGCUUUUACUUCGUGGGCGACGAAGACCUGCUCGAAAUUAUCGGCAACAGUGAUGACAGUACGCGCGUCGCCAAACAUUUCAAGAAGAUGUUCGCUGGAAUAUCUGGUGCAGAGGUCAACGAAGAUAACACCAUCACUGCAGUCACUUCGAAGGAAGGAGAAACCGUACGACUACGGAGAGAGGUUUCACUUGUAAAGCUCCCAAAGAUCAAUGACUGGCUCACGGCGUUGGACAGCAGUGUCAAACAUGCACUUGCAGAGCUACUGGCCGAGGCUGCAGCAACCUUCCGACCUCUGUUCACAUCAUCAGAUCUUGACGUAGAACAGUUUCACGCAUACCUCACAACCUACCCAGCUCAAGUCAUGAUACUUGCUGCCCAGGUUGUGUGGACAGAUCUCGUACGUGAAGCUCUCGAGGCAGCUGGAGAUGGUCUAGCCAAAGUGCACGCUUAUGAAGUUAGACUAUUAGAAUUUCUCGCGGAAAGUGUGUUACAAGACCUCCCAGCAUUGACACGGAAGAAGUGUGAGCACUUUAUCACAGAGGCUGUUCAUCAGCGAGAUGUUAUCUCAAAGCUCAUGAAAGCAAAUGCAGCAUCACCAACUCAUUACCUCUGGCUGCUACAGAUGCGCUACGUCUACGAUCCCGACGCUGAACUCAUGAGUCGCUUGCGCAUCGAGAUGGCGAAUGCAGUUCUCGAUUAUGGUUACGAAUAUCUCGGUGUUCCUGAUCGCCUCGUCCGCACUCCUCUCACCGAUCGGUGUUUCCUAACUCUGACUCAGGCGCUCUGUCAGCGAUUGGGAGGGUCGCCAUACGGCCCUGCUGGUACAGGAAAGACAGAAUCAGUCAAAGCAUUGGGCCUGCAACUUGGCAGGUUUACCCUGGUCUUUUGUUGUGAUGAUACCUUUGAUUUCCAAGCUAUGGGCCGAAUCUUCCUAGGCCUCUGCCAGGUCGGUGCAUGGGGAUGUUUUGAUGAAUUUAAUCGCCUCGAGGAAAGAAUUCUUUCUGCUGUGUCUCAACAAAUCCAGAACAUUCAAUUGGGAUUGAAGAACAGCGUCAAAGAUCGGAAAGAACAGAUCGAGCUCGUCGGUCGACGGCUGACAGUAAACCUCAACACUGGCUUGUUCAUUACAAUGAAUCCAGGGUAUGCAGGACGAUCCAAUUUGCCGGACAACCUGAAGAAGCUGUUCCGCAGCGUCGCAAUGUCAAAGCCGGACAGAGAGCUUAUCGCGGAGGUGAUGCUGUUCUCGCAAGGAUUCAAACAAGCCAAGUCCAUCUCAUCGCAAGUCGUACCCUUCUUCGAUCACUGUGCAAAACGACUGUCGAAGCAGCCCCAUUAUGACUUUGGCCUGCGUGCAUUGAAAAGUGUCCUCGUCAGCUCAGGUGGUUUGAAGCGACUUCGAUUACAGUCUGGAGAAGACCUUCAGGACCAAGAGCAGGUUCUUGAGCCAGAAAUCAUCGUUCAGAGUAUUCGAGAAACUGUGUCUCCGAAGCUCAUCAAAAAAGACGUUGAAACUCUUGUCGAUGUACAAGCUGAAGACUUUCCUGGAGUUGCAUAUGUUCCUGCGAGCCUGACUGAACUUAGAGCCGCCAUCCAACAAGUCAUGGAAGAACAAGGUCUUACACAAAGUGAAGCCUGGAUGACCAAAAUCCUGCAGCUGUAUCAGAUUCAGAACAUACAUCAUGGCGUGAUGAUGGUAGGGCAAUCCGCCUCUGGAAAAUCAACCAUCUGGAAAGUCCUUUUACAAGCCCUCCAGCGAGUUGAAGGCAUCGAAGGCGUCCAUCACAUCAUUGACCCGAAGGUCAUGUCCAAAGAAGCACUUUACGGCAGCCUAGAUAGUACCACUCGCGAGUGGACCGAUGGUCUCUUUACAGGCAUCCUCAGAAAGGUUGUUGACAAUCUACGUGGAGAAGACAGCAAGCGACACUGGAUCGUCUUCGACGGCGACGUUGAUCCAGAAUGGGUUGAAAACUUGAACAGCGUCCUUGACGACAACAAAUUGCUUACUCUUCCGAACGGUGAAAGAUUAAACCUGCCUUCCAACGUCCGCAUUAUGUUCGAAGUCGAAAGCUUGAAAUAUGCAACUCUUGCAACAGUCAGUCGUUGCGGAAUGGUGUGGUUCUCAGAUGAUACGGUUACGCCAUCAUUAAUGAUCGAACACUACUUGAAGACCUUGACCACCCGCAACUUCGAUGAACUCGAUGACGAGAUCAAAGCCACAGGCAUGACUUCACGUGCGCAAGAAACCCAAAGACACCUUGUCGAGACGCUCGGCGCUCUCAUCAACCGAGAUGAUUUCCUCCUCAAAGCUCUGUCAUCUGCAGAAGGAUACAAGCAUAUUAUGCAGUUCACGCCGGCGCGUGCUCUGGACAGCCUCUUCAGUUUACUGGCAAAGGCUUGUCGCACUGUGCUCGAGUACAAUCUCAACCAUUCUGAAUUUCCUCUCGACCUCGAGCAAGCCGGAGCAUUCAUCUCAAAGAAGCUACUCCUUGCAACUGUUUGGAGUUUUGUCGGGGACGGCACACUAGCGACCCGGAAACAUUUUGGUGACUUCAUUGGCAACAUGACCAACGUCGAUCUUCCAAAUCUCGACCACUCAACUUCGUUGAUUGACUACAAUGUCACUCUACCUCAAGGACAGUGGGUGGCCUGGCAGUCACAAGUUCCUCUAGUCGACCUCGAGACACACCAAAUCACCGAUACCAAUGUUAUCAUUCCUACGGUCGAUACUGUGCGACACGAAGAUGUACUAUUUUCGUGGUUAUCGGAACAUAAGCCUUUCAUGCUCUGUGGUCCACCCGGGUCUGGUAAGACAAUGACACUUUUCAGCGCUCUACGCCCGUUAGACGACCUGGUUACGGUCGGCCUGAAUUUCUCAAGUGCCACUCAACCAGAUCUCAUAAUCAAGACCUUUGAGCAGUAUUGCGAGUACAAGAAAACUUUGAAUGGUCUGGUGCUCUCUCCCACCCAAAUGGGCCAAUGGUUGGUGAUCUUUUGCGACGAGAUCAAUCUGCCGUCUCCUGACAAGUAUGGCACCCAACGAGCUAUCAGCUUCCUGCGGCAGCUUGUCGAGCAGAAUGGCUUUUGGCGCACCUCGGACCGGGCCUGGGUGACUCUCGAACGCAUCCAGUUCGUUGGCGCCUGUAAUCCUCCAGAGGAUGUUGGCCGCCACCCUAUGGGUGAUCGAUUCUUGAGAAAUGCUCCCGUUGUCAUGGUGGACUAUCCUGGAGAAAUUUCGCUAACGCAGAUCUAUGGCACCUACAAUUCUGCGGCCCUCAAAGUGGUGCCGAUCCUGCGCGGAUUUGCUGACUCACUUACAAAGGCCAUGGUUGAUCUUUACCUCAAGUCGCAGGCUAGAUUUACCCCUGACAUCCAACCUCAUUAUGUUUACUCUCCCAGAGAACUUACAAGAUGGGUCCGAGGCAUAUACGAAGCAAUUGCGCCAUUGGAACACCUUACUCUUGAAGGUCUCAUCCGGCUCUGGGCACAUGAGGCGCUGCGCCUAUUCCAAGACCGUUUGGUCGAACCUGAAGAACGAGCUUGGACUAGCAACAUGGUCAGACAAACUGCCUUGGAACAUUUCCCGACCGCCGACAUCGACUCUGCCCUCCAGGGCCCGAUUUUGUUUUCAAACUGGUUGUCCAAGAAUUAUGUAUCUGUGGAACAAGAACAGCUUCGGGAGUUUGUCAAGGCUCGUCUGAAAACCUUCUGUGAAGAGGAAGUCGAUGUUCCUCUUGUUCUCUUCAACGACGUCCUUGAGCAUGCUCUCCGCAUUGACAGAGUCUUCAGACAACCACAAGGUCAUCUGAUUCUGAUCGGUACCAGUGGAAGUGGAAAAACAACUCUGUCAAGAUUCGUUGCCUGGAUGAAUGGCCUAAGCAUUUUCCAGAUCAAGGUCCACGGACGCUACUCAGCCGAGGAUUUUGACGAUGAUCUUCGGAGUGUUCUCCGAGCUUGCGGAUGCAGGGGCCAAAAGAUCUGUUUCAUCAUGGAUGAAUCUAAUGUUCUUGACUCAGGCUUCCUUGAACGCAUGAAUACUCUCUUGGCUAACGGAGAAGUCCCUGGUCUGUUUGAAGGGGACGAGUAUUCGGCUCUGUUGACUGCAUGCAAAGAAGGUGCUCAACGACAGGGUCGUCACCUAGAUUCCCAGGAAGAACUGUACAAAUGGUUCACACAACAGGUUGUUCAUAAUCUUCACGUCGUUUUCACGAUGAAUCCCCCCCAGGACGGCCUUUCCUCGCGAGCUGCAACAAGUCCGGCUCUCUUCAAUCGUUGCGUUCUUAAUUGGAUGGGUGACUGGUCAGAUCAAGCUCUCUAUCAAGUGGGAUACGAACUUACACAGUCCCUCGACUUGGACAGACCGGAUUUUACGGCCCCUGAUAGUCUACCAGUGGCUUACAGUGGUAUUCCUCUACCUGCGUCUCAUCGUGACACGAUCGUCAAUGCUUUGGUUCACACACAUUAUUCCGUCCAGAAGACGAAUGAGCGUCUCGAGCACCAGCAAGGCAUUGUCACCUAUCUGACGCCUCGCCAUUACCUUGACUUUGUCACUCAUUUCGGCAAUUUAUUUAGCGAGAAGCGUGGCGAACUUGAAGAUCAGCAACGCCAUCUAAAUGUUGGUCUUGAGAAGCUUCGAGACACUGUCGACAAAGUAAAGGACUUGCGACAGAGCUUGGCCCAGAAGAAGCAACAACUCGAACUUAAAGAUGCGGAGGCAAACGAGAAGCUUCAACGUAUGGUCGCCGACCAACGCGAGGCGGAGACAAAACAAGCGACAUCUAAAGAAGUCCAAGCAGCCCUGGAAACACAAGAGAAGCAAGUGGCUGAACGCAAAGAGAUUGUGCUCAAUGAUUUAGCCAGGGCUGAGCCGGCGGUGCUUGAAGCACAACGAAGUGUCAGCAACAUCAAGCGACAACAUCUGACUGAAGUCAGAUCGAUGGCCAAUCCGCCAGCUGGUGUCAAACUCGCCCUUGAAUCGGUCUGUACAUUGCUUGGCCACAAGGUUGAUAGCUGGAAGAGCAUUCAAGGUGUUGUUCGGAAGGACGACUUCAUCGCCACUAUCGUCAACUACGAUAACGAAAGACAAAUGACUUCAUCUCUUCGACAGAAGAUGCGAAACGAGUUUUUGUCCAAUGAAGAUUUCACCUUUGAGAAAGUCAACCGCGCCAGCAAAGCCUGCGGGCCCCUGGUACAGUGGGUGGAAGCACAGGUUAACUUCUCUGAGAUUCUUGACAGAGUUGGGCCCUUGAGAAAAGAAGUCACUGACUUGGAAGAAGCGGCGUUGCAGACAAAGGCCCAAGCAAAGGCCAUCGAAAACACCAUCCAGAAACUUGCAGAAAGCAUAGGUGUCUACAAAACCGAGUAUGCCGCCCUCAUUAGCGAGACGGAAGCGAUCAAGAGCGAGAUGGCACGUGUACAGAGCAAAGUGGUUCGAAGUGUCAGUCUCUUAGACAGCCUUUCGUCCGAACGUGUGAGAUGGGACGCAGCAAGCAAGUCAUUCGAGACGCAGAUUCAGACUUUGGUUGGCGAUGUUGUUAUUGCUUCUGCGUUCCUCGCCUACGCUGGUCUGUAUGACCAACAAUUCAGAAAGGCAAUGGUAGACGACUGGCUGCACCACAUGUCUCUAUCGGGUAUAUCUUGCAAAGCAGACGGCUCUAUGUUGGGCUAUCUCUCCACGGCUGAUGAAAGACUGCAAUGGCAACGGCACUCGUUACCCGUCGACGACUUGUGCAUGGAAAAUGCCAUCAUGCUCAACCGCUUCAACCGAUACCCGUUGAUCAUUGAUCCGCCUGGCAGAGUUACUGAGUUCCUAAAACAAGAGCAUCAAGGACGUAAGCUGACAGUCACAAGCUUCUUGGACGAUGCAUUUACCAAACAAUUGGAGAGUGCAUUGCGUUUCGGCAAUCCCAUCUUGAUUCAAGAUGCUGAGUACCUUGACCCAAUCUUGACACAUGUGUUAAACAAGGAAUAUCAGAAGACUGGUGGCCGUGUAUUGAUCCAAUUGGGAAAGCAAGAGAUCGAUUUCUCACCGAGCUUCCAACUGUACCUUUCUACACGGGAUCCAUCUGCGAAGUUUGCCCCGGAUGUCUGCAGUCGAACUACGUUUAUUAACUUUACGGUCACACGAAGCAGUCUUGAGACGCAAUCGCUCAACGACGUUCUCAAGGCUGAGAGGCCCGACGUGGACAAGAGACGCACGAAUCUGGUCAAGAUGCAAGGCGAAUUUGAUACCAACCUCCGACAGCUGGAGAAGAGACUGCUGCAAGCAUUGAAUGAAUCUCGUGGCAACAUUCUUGACGAUGACAAUGUGAUCCAGACCCUAGAGACUCUCAAGAAGGAGGCCGCUGUGAUCACGAAGAAGGUGGCAGAGACUGAGGGCGUCAUGGCCGAAGUCCAACGUAUCACUCUAGGGUACAGUCGCAUUGCCCGAGCUUGCAGUGCCAUCUUUGCGCUCCUCGAGCAGCUUCAUCAUCUCAACCAUGCCUAUCGCUUCUCGCUCCAAUACUUUAUCGACAUCUUCAAUUUUGUACUGCACCACAAUCAUCAUCUGACGAACAAGACCAAUCACGAAGAGCGAUCCGAGAUUAUUCUCAAGGACAUAUUCGUAGAGACCUAUCGACGGACCUCUCUUUCACUUCUGCAGAAGGAUCGCAUUACCCUGGCGAUUCUUCUAGUCCGGGCGACUCCAUACGAGUUCGAUAGGUCGGCAUUGGAUCUUAUCUUGGAUGAUCAUUUGCAGUCACCUGCAGGUGUACAGCUUGAGUUGAAGCAACAAGAGGUGUUGGAUCUCGUGAAACGACAGAGUGUGUUCAACCAGGAGCUUGUCAAGCCUUCCAGUGCAAGCUGGCAGCAUCUUCUUUCUGACGAUCGGCCUGAACUGGCAGUACCAAAUGUCUGGGGUGAAACUGAGAACACGAUCAGUCAAAACUUGUACAAGUUGCUUCUCAUCAAACUGGUUCGGCCUGAUCGAUUCCUGCCUGCAGCAGAAAUCUUGGUCACAAGUGUUUUUGGACCGGAGAUCUUCCAGGGUACUGACGACCUCGGAACGAUUGUGCAACAGGUGACAUCUUUAGUCCCUAUUGCGCUCAGUUCCAACCCUGGAUUCGAUGCCAGUUAUAAAGUGGAUGCUCUGGUGGAGAAACAGAAGGCCACAUGUGCCAAUGUUGCCAUGGGCUCGGACGAAAGCGUUGCCAGUGCCGACAAAGCCAUCACAAGUGCUGCUGCUAAUGGCAGCUGGGUGUUGAUCAAGAACGUCCACCUUGCACCUCAAUGGUUGCAGAGUCUGGAGAAGAGAUUGUCAGCUCUACGACCACACAGUGACUUUAGACUGUUCUUGUCAAUGGAGACAAGCCCCAAAAUCCCUGUCAAUCUCAUUCGGGCAUCAAGAUCGCUUGUCUAUGAACAGCCAGCUGGAAUGCGUGCAAAUAUGAAGGACACGUUACAAGUGCUGUCUGACCGAGGCACUCGCAGUCCCGUGGAAAAGGGACGGCUGUAUCUCCUGCUUUGCUUCCUGCAUGCAGUGCUCCAAGAACGCCUCAGAUAUGCACCAACAUUGGGCUGGAAGGGACUGUGGGAGUUCAACGACAGCGAUUACGAAUGCUGUUCAUAUAUCAUUGAUUCAUGGAUUGAUGCCGUUGCACAAGGCAGAUCCAACAUCCCUCCUGUGAAACUACCAUGGGAUAUGAUUCGAACACUGGUCACAGAGAUGUACGGAGGCAAGAUCGAUGACGAGGGCGAUUUUUCACUAUUGAGCGAAAUUGUGGGCAGGGUGUUUGAUGCCGCAGCGUACGAAAACGACCAUGAAUUGGUGCACGUUCCAGAUGGACAGGCACUCAAGGUUCCAUCUGGAACGACCAUGCGAGAUUUCUUGCAAUGGGUGGAUAGACUUCCAGAGCGCGAGCCACCGGCAUAUCUUGGUCUUCCAGCAAAUGCUGAUAAGUUGUUGUUGAUUGGACAAGGCAAGGAAACAAUUGGAAAUCUGGCCAAGGUCACGGAUUUACUGGAGGAAGGAGAACAGACCGCCUCUGGAGAUAGAGAGUAGACGGAAUUGAGGUAAAAGAUUACGGGUUUCAUUUUCUGUGUUAUUAGUCAAAGUCACUGUCUUUGAUGGCUUGAUAGGAAACGUGGGAUGGACAACUGACUUCCUCUCGCCAUUGCUCCUUGUUGGAUACAGCAUGUUCUUUUUUGAUUCGAAUGCUUACAAUUCUACCACUAGGGCAUGGCAGGCAUUGGAGUUGCUGGUUAUUUAUUCAUUGGGUCUUGGGAAGUGGCCGCCUCGGCCAUUAAGGCAACCUCUGUCGAUAGAGAUGAGACAGUGUAGUUGUCGUGUAGCUAACUAGAAUUGAGUAUACAAGUCAUGAAUCUA